AUGCGUCUACCUCGCAACGCAAACGCCCAACCGCCCCCAAUGUGUCCACGAUGUCAGUGGACAUUCCAGACGCCAGUUGGACUUGUUAAACACCUUCGGACCAACUGCAGCACUCGGACUACGCCAACCGUCGUCUCUUCGUUCACCUCUCCCUCGCCUACUACGAAAUCAACUAACUCUGUUCGCUCUCCCGAACCACCACUUCCAUCCUCCUCCUCCUCCUCCUCCUCCUCCUCCUCCUCCUCCUUCUCCUCCUCCUCCUCCUCAUCCUCCCCUACCGCUUCAACGUCUGUCGUUGUGGCGUCUGCCACGCACAUCAAAAUGACACGCAAUGCUGACAUACCAAUAAACGCCAACACCAUCACCGUCGACUAG